CAAAAGUGUAGCAGAUGUUGCGUCAUCCAAGUGCGCCAAUGGAUUCUUUUCAGAGGCAGAAUCAGAGGCUAUAAGAGCUUGUGUCCAUUUUCUCCUGUGUCUGAAUUUUACAUUGCGCCGCUUUCCUCGGGUAUGAAGCCUUGCCGCUAGGCGACGCCCUGAUUUUUUUCCUUUUCCUGCAAGCAUCGUGAAUUUUGGACUCGGUGCGAAGUCGUUUUCAACUGAGGAGAGCCGUAGAACUUCGCCGCCAGACGAGUUUGAAAAGGCGAAGAGCAAGGAAUGAGAUAAUUGAAGCGCCGACAAUUUUGGGGUCACAGGGUUGUUUUAUUAUACCACCGGGCUGCUCGAAGACGGGACGCUACUUCAAGUUCCAUUUGUGAGACAUAAAUAAGCUACAACUCAGUAGGCCCCUGCGCGUUGCAUCCUCCCGCUAAUCUUUCCCCCAAGCUACAUUUUGUUUUCAGAAGACACGCCAAUACAGCUCUCACACAUGACAGCACCAACACAACUACCACAAGCCGUCGAAUCUGCAGCCGCCAUUUCGACGGUUCUGAACUCAGCCACGACAUUGUAUGGUUCCUCACGCAUGCUCUCCUGCAGCCACCGAUUCAAGCUCGAAGCCUCAGGUCCGUCAACCGGCUUCGGCGUUUCGCCCCCCUCGGAGACGGCUACGCCUAGCCAUUCGCGAUGCACUGUGUUGUACGGAUGCCGCUUUUGUGGUUCAUUUGGGCGAUCAUGGCUGUUGUGAGAAGCAUUGCCAGGGUCCUAUUGCACUGUCAACCAAUUUGAGCCACGUCGGCGGCGUCGUUGAUCCAUACGUUAUCCAGUGGCUGGUGUUGCGAGUUGCCAACACGUGAUUUCAAACCCAUUUCAAGCUGCUGCAUCACAUCAUUUCUACCUAGGUUUCAAGUGGGGCUUCAGGUGAGGUCUCUUACCUCUGAAUAUUUGAAGUUGAAGAUAAGGUGAGGAUUCAAAGGCGUGGUGCUCGCAAUGACUUGAGAAUGUGAAUUCUGUUAGAUUUUCCUCUGCUUCUUUGCAUUCUAUAUAUACCAAGCCCUCAUUACGAGGAACUUUUGAAGAACUUUUGUCCAGCAAUUUGUUUCUGUGAAGUAUCCCAGUAUCUCGGGUGAGGCACGUCUUCUUGAUGUCAAGUUUGUUGUCAGGGAUCAAUUGAGAACUUUUGCGGACUUGUCAUAAGAUAUCGCUAGCAUUGCAAUUGAGGUUCGGCAGGGCUCGUGCCAGGGUUAACAAACGACCCGGCUUGAUGAACUACUUUGGUGGCGUAAAUGUGAUUCAUUGGCCAUUCCGUUUGAUUUGGGAAAAGGAACUUUUGGGGACUAUUUGUGGACCGUCCACAUCGCCAGCUCAGCCUGCAGCUGACACCGCCUUCCAGGCUGCCUGCGAGGCAAAAGGCCCUUUGGGAACUUUUUGGAUCUUAUGUAACCUCGACUCGGCGCUCGAGGGUCUACCAGAGCCUCAUGUUACAUAUAUUUGAUAAGAGAGUUCCCCCUAAUCGAAAACUUCUAAGCCAUCCAUCCAUUUUGUACUGUUCCGACUUUAUUGUCAAGUAGCCCCCCAUGAAUCCUCACGAGGAUUUCGAACGAGGCAGCGUCCCAUCGUUCAAUAUGAACAGCCCUUUCUCCUUCAAUUGGACGUUCAAUGUAAACAGCCCUUUGUCCUUCGAUUGGAACAGCCCAACAGCCUUUAUUGGCAGCAGUCCUACGGCAUUUUCGAAUAGUUUUGCUCCGCAUUUCAACAGUCCGCCCCCAGAAUCUGCAUUCGGCGCACAACCUGCACAUGUGCCACGAGACCAGUCCUCCUGGUCAAUUCCCGCAAGUACGACUUUGCAGGUCGAAGAUGCUGGCGAAGGCUCUUCGAGUGCGGCAGAGCACGAUCAAUCCUUCGAGAUGAAUGCGCCGCCUCAGCCCGCCAUGUUGCAACGGACAAAAUAUCGCGGUCUCGACUGGGAUGCACACAAGAAUCAGAUCAAGAGUCUAUACUUGGAAGGGCAAAAGAAUUUGCAGGAGACAAUGGAAAUAAUGAAAGAUCAGCAUGAUUUUGAUGCAUCAAAGAAGUUGUAUAAGGAGAAGUUCAAGCAGUGGGGUUGGCAAAAGAAUCUGCCUGGCGAUUACGCUCAAUGGAUGGCUGUCAAAGCCAACAUGAGGGAGACCCAGGCAGGCAAAGAUACCGACUUUCUAUACGGCGGUCUGCGGUGGACUAGGGAGCGAGUUCAAAGCCGCGCGAACCGAGCCAGGAAGGGGGAUGUUUCUGCUGAUGCUGUGUACAUUGAUACUCCUGCCGGCGUUACCUAUGAGACUCCCCAGGAAACUCAUACUCCGCCAAUGGAUGGUUCGGCAGAGGCCAUGGAAGGUGUCGUGACAGUGCUUUCCCCGUGCCCUCCUGAGAUCGCUAGCGAAAGCGAUAAGGAUGAUGAUGUUGAUGAUGUAGCUCAUCUGGCGCUAUCCUUUGAAGGCUUAUCUCGAACCGACCUGAUAGCCAAGUUUGCAGCAGCGAAGAGCACCAUGAGUCGUGGCGAUACAGAGACAGCAGAGCAAAUGUUUGUGGGAGUUCUCGCAGGCUACGAGCACCUGUUGGGAUCGGUUCAUGAUGAUACGAACAAAGUCACAUACGCACUAGCAUCCUUUUAUGCUGAGACCAAUCGUGUGGAUGAGGCAGACAAGCUCAUCGAGAAAAUGACACAAAAGAUCCUCGACCGUUUCGGUGUUGAGGGUAGAACAAGCCAGCAACAUAUCCUGCAUGUGGUGGAGCUGCUAGACACUUGGAAUCGACCUGUUGACGCACUUGCCUUUCUUUCACGUGCGAAGGACAUUUAUGCUGCAGCUUCUGAGCAUCAUGACGACUCCACUGGCAGGAAGGCCAAGACUCGCAAGCGCCGCAGACGUUCAUCGCAGGCAAGCAAGAUCUCAAACACCCAGAUCCAAGAAAUUACAGCCAGUAUCACGAAUCACGCAGAUCCUGCCAUGAUUAUUCACGGGAUUGGUGUAGCCAGAUCACAUGUUGCUGUGAAAGACGAGUCUGUGGCCGCGUUGCUGAAAGCCAUUAUCAAGCAGUGCGAUCGCAAAGCUCUCGAUUCAGUGGUUGAGGGUCUUGAAGCAAGAAACGAGCUCUUGAAACUCUACACAAAAUUAGGUACUGUCCAGGAAAACAAAGGUGCCUUCCUGGAAGCAAUACACACUCUCCAGUUCAUUUUGGACCAGGUCAAUUUCGACGCAGAGACCUUCAAAAGCUUUGAAAUUAUGGAAGCCUGCUUGAAAAUCGCUGUGUGCUUAUUGAAAGGUCAAUUCCAUUCGGAGGCGCAGUCAAUCUUUCGAAAAAUAGAAGAAAAGUCUGCUGAUAUCUUUGGCAGCGAAGAUGAGCGGACAAUCUGGGUACUGUUAUCGAUUGGCCUUGUUUACCAGACCCAAACAGGAUGGGAUGCAGCUCGUCCAUGGUUUGAUCAAGCAUAUUCAUUCGCGCUUGCAGCUUAUGACAAUACAGAUGGCAUUCUGAAGUCGCUUGAGGCAGCGAGAGAGAGGAAAUACUUCACCUAUCUCUCCGAUGAAGGUCGACCUUUCAAGACAAUCUUUGGCGUCAGCGGCAUCACCAUUCGACCAGGACGAUUGCACCUGGAGUGAGACUACAGAAACUGCUCUUCUGGGACCGUGGAAAGUUUAAGGGCGUAUUGUGCGGGACAAGUUCGAGUCAAUGAUACAAUCUAGGAGGGGUAUCUUGAGAGCGAUGGGAUUAAUGAAAAGGAUAUGGGAGACGAGUAUCGUGGCGCUUUUGGUAUAUAGUUGCGUUCUGGGAUUUUUGUUUCGCUGGAACUUACAUUCUUUUGACGGUCUGCCUACAGUAAAUUACAUUUAUUAAGGGUUAUUACUAACAAAACGAACAUCUCUCCCACCAGCUCUUUAAUUGCCCCGGGUGAUGAGACUAUUGCGAGGACGAAAUUUGGUUCCGUGUGAUCUUUCCACCAUGAGAAACUCCGUUUCAAACUAGAAUCCGAAUACAAAGCAACCACACUUGGUACCACGGAAAUGUUUUGUUUUUUUCACUCGGUGUAGAGCAGUGCAGAUCCCCCGCACUUAGCCUCGUUUCCCCCAC